GGAAGGGAUGAAGGGAAUCGCCAAGAGGAAAGAAUAUAGGAUAUGAAAAGGGGGUGUUGAUAAGAGACCGUGCCGUGCAAGGUCGAAUAUGAGAGAUUGGUUGAACGGGGCACUUUGCGUGGUAAUAGCUGGUCGGCAAUAGUACUAUGAUUUGGUAUGUGGCCACUCUGAUAGCAAGUGUAUUCAGCACCAGAGGAACGGCCGCUCAAGGUGCCCACGGAGUGAGAGAGGAGCCCCGGUUUGUGACGGCGCGCGCUGGAGAGAGCGUGAUCCUGGGGUGUGACGUGUCCCCUCCCCUGGACGGCCAGCAGCCCCCCUACGUGGUGGAGUGGUUCAAGUUUGGAGUGCCUAUUCCCUUCUUCAUCAACUUCCGCUUCUACCCUCCUCAUGUGGACCCAGAGUACACUGGCAGAGCCUCUCUGCAUGGGAAGGCCUCCCUGCAGAUUGACCCAGUGCGCUCUGAGGACCAGGGCUGGUAUGAGUGCAGGGUCCUGAUGCUGGAGCAACAGUACGACACCUUCCACAACGGCAGCUGGGUGCACCUCACAGUCAAUGCCCCGCCCACUUUUACAACGACGCCCCCACAAUAUGUUGAGGCGAAGGAAGGAGGCAACACUCUGCUUAGCUGCUCCGCCCAGGGAAAUCCUAAACCAAUGAUCAGCUGGCUGAGAGAGGGGGAGGAGCUUGCAACCAACACAAAAUAUUCGGUACACGAUGGCAGUCUCACCAUCCUUGGCAUCACUAGAGAUGACAGAGGGGCGUACACAUGCCGAGCCUACAGUGACCAGGGAGAAGUGCUCCACACUACCCGUCUGUUGGUUCAAGGGCCUCCAUACAUCGUCUCGCCGCCAGAAAACAUCACUGUAAACAUAUCCCAGAAUGCACUCUUCACCUGUCAAGCAGAGGCAUAUCCCGGCAACCUGACCUACACCUGGUUUUGGGAAGAGGAUAACGUCUACUUCAAGAAUGAUCUGAAGCUCAGGGUGCGCAUUCUCAUCGAUGGCACCCUCAUCAUCUUCCGGGUCAAGCCAGAGGAUGCUGGGAAAUACACCUGCAGUCCGAGUAACAGCCUCGGAAUCUCGCCCUCAGCAUCAGCACACCUGACUGUUCAGUACCCUGCCCGAGUGAUCAAUAUGCCCCCGGUCAUCUACGUCCCACGGAAACUGCCAGGCGUCAUCCGCUGCCCGGUGGAUGCCAACCCACCUGUGACGUCAGUGAAGUGGGAAAAAGACGGCUACCCUCUCCGAGUGGAGAAGUACCCUGGUUGGAGCCUGAUGCCAGAUGGAAGUAUCCGGGUGGCGGAGGCCACAGAAGACUCCCUGGGCACCUACACCUGUGUGCCUUACAACGCCCUAGGUACCAUGGGCAUGUCCCCCCCUGCCACUUUGGUGCUAAAGGAUCCCCCUUACUUUAAUGUGAGGCCUGGGGGGGAGUACCGUCAGGAGGCUGGGAGAGAGCUAGUCAUCCCCUGUGCUGCUUCUGGAGACCCUGAGAUACCAACCAUCACCUGGAGAAAGGUGGGGAAGCCUAGCAAGAGUAAGCACAAUGUCCUACCCAGCGGCAGCUUACAGUUUCUGUCCCUCAGCAAGGAGGACCAUGGGGAGUGGGAGUGUGUAGCCACCAAUGUGGUCACAAGCAUCACUGCCAGCACGCGUCUCCUAGUUAUUGGCACCAGCCCACAUGCUCCUGGCAAUAUCCACGUAUUGCCCUCAACAACCUCUGCUAAUGUGUCCUGGGAACCAGGUUAUGAUGGCGGCUUCGAACAGACAUUCUCUGUGUGGUACGGUCCAGUGUCAAAGAGAAUAGACUUUGGGCCUCAUGACUGGCAUUCGAUGCCAGUGUCUGGUGCUCAAACAUGGCUGGUGGUGCCAGGGCUGGAGCCUAGGACAGAGUACCAGUUCAGUGUGUUGGCACAAAACAAACUGGGCACAGGCCCAUUCAGCGAAGUUGUGACAGUCAACACUGCAGGCUCUCCUCUGAGUACCCCAGAACCACUGGUGCUUCUUACUCCACCACGGUGCCUCACAGCCAAUCGCACCCAGCACGGUGUCCUCCUCACAUGGCUCCCUCCAGCCAACCACUCUUCACCCAUCGACCGCUACAUCAUGGAGUUCCGCCUCGGGGAGAGAUGGGAAGUCCUGGACGACCUGAUCCCGUCCACUGAGACUGAGCUCAUAGCCAGAGACCUUGUUCAGGAGUCCUGGUAUGAGUUCCGGGUUAUGGCUGUCAUGGACGACCUGAUCAGUGAGAGCAGCAACGUAGUGGGAGUGUCUAGCACAGAUCCCUUCCCCCCUGCAGAGGUGGCUGAGGAGGGGCUGGCACGACCUGUGGUGGCGGGCGUCGUGGCAACUAUCUGUUUCCUGGCAGCAGCUGUACUGUUUAGCACUCUAGCAGCUUGCUUUGUCAAUAAGCAACACCGCCGCAAACUCAAACGCAAACCAGAUCCUCCCUUGUCGGUGACACACUUCAGGAAAAGCAUAGAGUCACCGCCUCCUCUCACCCCCUUGCCAGGGGUAGAGCCCUGCUGGGACGAACCUGCCAGGAGCAGUUACUUGCCUGCCCCCGCCAGCCCCCUGUUAUCGUCAGGGAAGAUAAGUCCAGAGAGCUCCCCUCCAUCUCGGCCCCGCUCUCUUUCUUCAGAGGGUUCCCAAGGUCCAGGCCUGUACGUCAGGAAGCUGCCUAGCCCUCAGCGAGAAAAGGAAAAAGAGCUCUCCUUCUACAAGAAAACCAAGCGUGCCAUAGCCAGCAAGAAAUACAGCGUGUCCAAACAUGAGGCAGAGGUCACCACGCCUAUUGAGCUGAUAAGCCGCGGGCCUGAUGGCCGCUUCGUCAUGGAAACCAGCCCACCACCCCGCCGCAUCCAGGGCUUCCCCUUCGCAGAGGAGUCUGACAUGUACCCCGAGUUCCGGCAGUCUGACGAGGAGAAUGAUUUUGAUCCCGGGCCUCUGCCCCCCAUCAUGCCCACGCUGCGGCCCCAGCUCUCCCCAACGUCCUCCAGCCUGGAGUCAACGCAGCCCCCCACCUACAGCCCCCGCCUACACAGGCCCAUGGAAGGUAUGAGCUUUGCGGAGGGCAGUGUGCUUCACGCCUCGGGGCAGGCCCCAGCCUCCCGCUACAGGGGCUUUCCCCAAGGCCCAUUCUAUGGGUAUCUAGGCAGCCGCGGUGAAUCAGGGAUUCCGCCACCAUUCUACAUGCCUGACAUCAGCCCGCGUAGCUCUGCUCUGUCCUCCCCCCCAGGCACCGCCGAGGGGCCAUUUGGUUACCCCUCCAUCCCGGAGGAGAGUGGAGAGAUGGAGCACCAUCAGUACACUGCCUCUGGCCAUUCUCUGUCUCACACACACAGCCCUCCUCCUCGCUCACCUGAAAGCUGGCAGCCACAUGAGUUCCCGUUCCUGGGUCUAGAGGGUCCACGGUUCAUAUACCCACCUCACCAUCCCUUACACCAUCCCCAGGACCUCCCCGAGCCACCCCCAUACCCCCCUCACUCUCUCCCCCCUAGCCGCCUGCACCUCCCUCCCCUAAAGGAUCCAACUAGCCCUGGACUCCUGCAGCUGGAGGUCCCUGUGGCUCCCCCAGGCAGAGACAGGCCCCCAGGGCCUCCGGUUAGGCGUUUAGCUAUGCAACAGGCCCAGAGUCUCGGCCAGCUCAGACACACGGCCCACGGUGUGGGUGUACCAGUGUUGCCUUACCCUGACCCGGCAGCCCGUGCAGGGAGCCCAAGCACAGCCCCCAGUAGUAGCCCUCAGUCCUGGCUCAGCCCGAGGGCAGGGCGCCGGGCAGACCCCAGCCUCCCCCCGUUAGUCCUCCAGCCCUCCCGUCUCUCUCCACUCUCGCAAAGCCCCCUUAGCACCCAGCCAGGUUCCCCAGAUAUUUUAGUGCGGCCCCCUCCCCGUCCUAGCAUCCUCCGCACCUCUCGGUCUCUGGAGAUGCCCGAGAUCACCCUCCAGCCCUCGGCCACUGUCAGUUUCUCCCGGAGGUCCUCCUUGACCACCUCUCCCACUCAGGGCCAGGGUGCCAGGCAGCCGAGCCCCAGUUACCACGCCCACAUGUCCUAUGCCUCCACUGCAGCCAGUUACCCCUCCCAGUCCCCUUCUCCCCCUGAGGAGGGCAGGGAUGUUUUCGGGCAGAGGCCAUCCCAGAGAAGGACAGAGGAGGAGAUGCUACCCUCAGAGCCCUCUCAGCUCCAGAUAUCAGCCUCAGGGGAACCUCUAGGUGCGUCUAGUGAUCCUGCCGGGUCUGAGAGCUUACCAGCACUGCUACACCACUGUAUUACUAAAGCCAAGGGAGUGGCUGCCAACAACAAUAACAACACAACCUCCAGGAGGAGAACAGGUGUGUCUGCCUCUCAGACCCAGCAGCAAUCUCAGACACCCCAAGAGGGAGAGCAUCUCGACUUCCACAGAAAGAGGAAAAGGCAAAACAAGAAGAACCCCUAUCUGUAUUUGACCUCCUUCCUGCAUCGCAGGCAGUCUGAGGAGGACCAGACAGGCAUUCUGGCCAGUGCAGACUCCGAGGGCCCAAAUUAUGGGACUCUACGCUGACCCGUUUGCCCACCACUGUCACUGACAGGCCAAGCCAUUGGACUCGACUAAAACUGAUCUCCCGCCCCACAACCCCCCGACCCCCAUCUCCUCCGUCCCGCCUCAACCCCGAUCUCUCUAUCAAGCUAAUACAUUUCUUUUAAUCUCUAAUACUCAUCGUUGUAUGGGAGUGGGAAACAUCAAGCUGAAUACUCCAGGGUUGGAAACCUGUCUCCGGCAUCUUUCCACUUGUUUGAAGACAAGAACAAUGGCUUUUCUGAGUUGUCACCACUACUUGUCUCUAAGGAAUUUCACUUGAAAAUGCUCUGAAAAUAUAUAAUGUACAUAAAUAGUAAAACAAGGGAAUUAAGCUUCCUCCUACAGUAAUAAAAAUGUGUUGGUUGAAUAUGUCACAACACGUAAAAUUUUCACUCACUGAUCAUUGAGGGGUCCAUAUCUUUCGGUUUUUCAGUGAUACAGUGUACUGUUAAGCCUGGUGCGUCCUUGGACAGGGACAUGAGUCUACCUUUCCUACAAUACAAAAAGUGUCAGUAUCAAACACAGGGUUCUUAUCACAAAUAUACCUCAGAGUAAACGCAGAGUUGCUGUAAUUCUUGUGGUAUACUGUACGUACUUUACCUUUUUGCAUAUGAAACGUAUGGGUAAAAAGGUUUAUAUCACACACCGCACUCAUGACAGGAUAACACGGCCUAAGGUUUAUCUGAUUUCCAAGCUUUUUAUUAUCAGUUUUUACUGGCAUGUUUUGUUUAUUUUGAUUUGUUAUCCAGUACCAACCAUCAGAUGACACGGUCUUGACGUUACUGCUCGAUGGCCGUGUGUGUUCACACUCGUCAUCGUGGCGUAACGUUAAGGCGCAGACCACAGCCUUCAGUCUCACUGAAAUAAUUUGGGACUCACACGCUCAAAAGGGGUUCGACUUGUAGGGUUAGAACAGGGUGAUGACUUGUGAUGUGUAUUGUAGUAUGUAUUUCAUUAAUACGGGAUCAUUUGUGAAAUGUGGCACAUCUCUGUGUGCCUUUUUCUGCCUUUUCUCUUUUUUUUAAUCUAAGUAUCAACUGCCUUUUCCUUCGCCUUCUCAUAUCUGUCUCUUCGGGGAGUGAGGGACUCCAGUGAUAUCUGUGUUACGGUUUUAUUUUCUCUGCCAAGGACACAUGAGAGAAAAUGCUUCAGAGGAUGCAUUACUUUUUUAAAUAUAUUUUAAAUGGGUACCUGCUUUGACUGUGUAUAUUUCAGUACUAGAACACAACCAUCAUACCCGUGAAAACAAUAGUGAAAAGUAAAAUUGUUGUGGGUUACAAAACAUAAGCCUUCAAGCUUAGAUUUGAAAUUGCAAAUAAAUCGGCGCGUACGUAUAAUGUGAGUGGAGAAGUACAGGAGCGCUGUACGUUAAUAUUCAUGCAGAAGGAAAAAGCAGGUGCAGGCACUGAUGUUUCGCAACAGCUGCUGAUCGCAGUUGCCUCAUAAAGUUGGAAAAAAAAAAAAACAAAAUAAAAAAAACAAACAUUAAUAACUAUUGCCGAGGAGCUUUGCUGUAAUUACAAAUAAUGGGAAAUAUUUAAAUGGUGGCCAACCUGACUGUUUAUCUCUUUAACAACUGUAUAUUACUUGCUAGCUAUCUCUCUGUAUGUUUGUUGAUUUUCAACACUAACCGAUAAUGAAUGUAUGUUUUGCUGUACAGGAAAUGAAUGUCCCGAUGUCACAGUACAUUGAAUGACCCAUUAUUUUGUUGACAGUGCGGCUGUGAUUGGCACGACGACCAGUUGGCACAAUAACUCUAAAUUGUUUUACUUCUCUCUGUUAUUCCUGUAUUCACUGAACAAGAAGUAAUAACCGGUGGGCCCACACAGCUUUUGAGCCAAGCUCCCUUCAUUCUUAACAGCUACAAAAAAACAAAUCGCCAUCGUUACUGUUUUCCUUUUACUUCUUUAAAGCUAGGUCAGCCAUUAAAAGACAUAUCAAGAUAUAGAUUUCCAUAUACUACAAACAAAUCAGAGGCUUUCUAACGAAUAUCCACCUGAAUUGAACUGAUUCAAUUUCUGCUUACACUGAAAUCCCAAACUCUUCUGAAAAGUGAGAAAGUGAUGACUGCUUGAAAGUGAGUUGCUAGAAUUUGAUGGAUCAAAGUGCAUAUUCUACUUAAAGAACUGGUUUCAUGUAAGAUACGGGGGAGAUUAAAAAAAAAUCUAUAUUUGUUAUGUACUGUACAUGGUGUGUAUUGUAUUUGUAAAGAUAAAUCCAACCAUGUUUUACAGGAAGAUGUUCCGUGUAUAAGGAUGUAUGAAAAGAUGGGUGGAUUCCAAGGAAAAAGAAAUUAGAUUAUAUAUAAAAAGUAUUUGCUUACAGUACGGCUUUAAGUGGACAAUGUUUUUAAAACAUUUUAAGGUGCCUCGUUUGUCAUACUUUAGCAGACGUUAUUUUAACUCAGAAGAAAAUAAACCUAAAUGUUAGUACCGUACAAUGUAUUAUUGCCAUAGCCCGCUGGCUGCACAAGUUGAGUAGUAUUUUCUCUGAUGUAUAGUAUGUGAAUGCCCAUUCUAAAAGCUUUAGAAGCAGAAACGUGUCGCCCUCUAUAACCUUUCUGGAACAAGGAAUACAGUAUUUUCCCCUCUCAUGAGCACACAUGUAGAUUCACUCGAGAUCUCCUGCCUUCAGGUGUCCAAAGCAAAUAAACUGAAGGAAACUUUUCUAAGAGUCACAGACAUGUCAUAGUCAUGUACAAUAUGUGCUGUGGAAGAAAUUGUGUUUACAUUAGUUUGAUAAAGAAAAAAAAAAGUGUGUUAGGGCAUAGUUGCUUUGAGCAUUACAACUUGGUGCUAUGUUUAACUUUGUGGUGCUGUAGAAUAGAGGUCUAAGAUUUUUUUUUUGUUUGGUUCGUUUGUUUGUUUGUUUGUUUGUUUUUCCACAAGCAACUCUUCGGUCCUCUGUGUUUGACAAAACUAAUCUAGCUCCGUGAGACACUAGGUCUUUAUCAUGACAGUAUCAUGGUGUAAUGACAGUGAUAGACAAUACUGAACAAAAUAUUAGUAUAACCUCAAUAAUAGAGACUUGUGAUGCUACAUUCAAAUGAACUCAAGAUGACCUAUUUCUAUAGUGUGUUUGCAAUGUCUGUCUGUGCUUCCAAGGUACCCUCUCUAAAAUAUCUUUUGUGUUGAUAUUGAGAAUAUUAACCCAGCCUAAAAGGAGAAACAUAACUGAUUGUCACCACCAGUAACCUGAUUUAGAUUUAGCGUCGGCACUCGCAACAAAACAAGUGGGAGGGAAUCUGAGAGCAUGGUCAGGUCAUGAGGGGAUCUUUCCACACACUUCCUAUAGGUCUCAAGUGGUUUGACAGCACUGUUUCAAGCACACUACUGCAGGGGCAUAAUCUUACCACAUUGUUUCAACACCUUUGAUGAUAAAAACUCUUACUAGUACUGUACAGUAUAGCCAUGAGCAUUCAUCAAGACCACAUUUGUAUUUAUGCUGAAUCUCCUAGUAAAGGUAUUGGGAAAGCUAUUACUCAUACAUCCUCUCCAUGUAGGAUUUUACAAAUGGAUGUAGUCUUCCGGGCUCUUUUGCAUAUUCAACAAAAACAUGUACAGUGUUUAAGAGGGCUGCUUUGGACGUACUGUUAGAUCAAGUUUUGUUUUCCAAUUUUCUGCUUACAGCUUUUAGUGCAUCACUAGGUGCUGGUAGGAUAAUACUUAGAACCGAUUUGAUUUUUAUUGUAUUAAUCUUGCAUGUAGAGACAAUACAAAACGCCUAUUUAGCAAUCAUUCAUGGACAUCCAAACUGGUUGUUAUUGGACAGAAAAUAGAAUAUGUAGUAUUUUCUAUAUUCUCUGUUUUUUCAUGUGUACCAGCACUGAGAAACUAGAAUGUAUUAUUAUCGUAGGCUACAAUAAGCACUACAUUGUUGACUGUUUUAGCUACUGCUCAUACUCAAGCAAACCAAGUAGUGCUUAAAGGAAGAAAAUUUACUACAUUUCAUAUCAUUUUCAUCCAUUGAACUCUGUGCUGUACAUCACAUGUUUACAUUCUGAAUUAUGUUGUUUUUUUGUGCAUAAUCUGUUUUCAUGAUGUUCUCUCAAUUGAAACAUGUUUCGACAAUGUUCAUAUGUAAAUAUUUCAAAGCAAAAACAUAUAACUCCUUUCUUUCUUUCUUUCUUUUUUUUUUUUUUUACUUUUAUUUUAAAAUGAUAACCUGAUGGUUUUUCUUUGUAUUUUUUUUUUUCCAGAUUUGUCAUUCUGUUAUUGUCAUUCACAUCAGGUAUUACGCUUCACUUAACUUUUUGUGAGCAAUUAACUCAUACUGUAUGGUGCUGUACCAAAGCCUUAUGUAUAAUACUUGUAUUAGUUUUCUUGUUUGCCACUGCUGUCCAGUGAAUUCUGUAUCGUCUGAGAUCAUGUCUUACUCACUCUUCAUGUUCAACUGCCAUGGAACUUUGUUCUUCAGAAUAAAUAGAUACCGAACAAACAAAACUGUAAAAACCCUCUGGCCUGUUACCAGCUGUGGCCUGGAUAGUGACAGUCACAGUCACAAGCCUUUAGGGAAAUGCAUAGGCUUACUUCUGGUGGCUCAUCAUGACGUAGACAUGGGCCUAGCACAUGAUCUAUGCUCUAUCUAUGGCAUGUCUGUGAGAAUAUGAAAGCAGUGUUGUAUUCAUGUCACCAUAUCAUUUCAAAUGCUUAGUCCCAUGCAAAAUUUUCCUCUCAAAUUUUUGUAUUUUGAUAUAAUAAAAAAAUCAAAAGAG